UGCUGCUGGUGGGGGGGUGGGCCGGACCAGUAUUGACUCCUCCAUCGCUAUCGGCAUCCCAUCACUCCAUCGUUUCUCCCGGACAACAUGGCAGCUGCAGCGAGCCGUUACUACAGCGAAGACGGUAGGGCGACCAAGAGGCAGAAAACAGACGGCAUGGCGACGGGCUACGAGGAUCCACACAAGUAUCUUCCUUCUUUGGUGGUGCAUGUGCGAGGGCUGGUGGAUGGAGUGACUGAGGCAGAGCUGGUGGAGGCCUUGCAAGAAUUUGGAACCAUCAGCUACGUGGUGUUGAUGCCCAAGAAACGGCAGGCACUGGUGGAGUACGAAGACAUGAAGGGCUCAGCCACUGCCGUGUCCUACGCUGCAGACAACCAGGUUUACAUCACAGGUCACCCAGCUUUCAUCAACUACUCCACCAGCCAAAAGAUUUCCCGACCCGGUGAUUCCGAUGACUCGAGGAGCGUCAACAAUGUGCUGUUGCUCACCAUCAUGAACCCCAUCUAUCCCAUCACCACGGAUGUUCUCUACACCAUCUGCAACAACUGCGGGCCGGUGCACAGAAUCGUCAUCUUCCGAAAGAACGGAGUCCAGGCCAUGGUUGAGUUUGAUUCGGUGCAAAGUGCCCAGCGUGCUAAGGCGUCACUCAACGGAGCCGAUAUUUACUCUGGUUGCUGCACUCUGAAGAUUGAAUAUGCAAAGCCCACUCGCCUGAACGUGUUCAAGAACGACCAGGACACCUGGGACUACACCACACCGGCUCUCGGUGGAGCAGAUGGUGAAGCCGGUGGCAAUGGGCACAACUCAGAAGACGGAGCUGCCAACCCCAACAAGCGGCAGAGGCAGCCGGCACUGCUGGGAGACCACCCCGCCGAGUUCAGUGGUUACCAUGGCUACGAUGAAAGUUACGGAACGUCCCCCUACGAGAACCGGCGUAUGGGGCCGCCAAUGAGGGGCCGCGGCGGGAGAACGGGCUAUGGGCCCAGUUACGGACCUCCUCCCCCACCGCCCGGGGAGUACGGCGCCCACUCGGACUCUCCGGUGGUGAUGGUCUACGGUCUUGACCCCAAAAUGAACGCAGACCGCGUCUUCAACAUCUUCUGCCUGUACGGGAACGUAGAGCGGGUGAAGUUCAUGAAGAGCAAGCCCGGGGCGGCCAUGGUGGAGAUGGGCGACUGUUACGCUGUGGACCGCGCCAUCACUCACCUCAACAACAACUUCCUGUUCGGUCAGAAGCUCAACGUGUGCGUGUCCAAGCAGCAGGCCAUCGUUCCCGGGCAGAGCUACGAGCUGGACGACGGCUCCAGCAGCUUUAAGGAAUUCCGCGGCUCCAGGAACAACCGCUUCACCUCGCCGGAGCAGGCGGCCAAGAACCGCAUCCAGCACCCAAGCAACAUGCUGCACUUCUUCAACGCUCAGCCAGACGCCACAACAGAGAUCUUCUCUCAGAUCUGCGACGAGCUGGGAGUCAAGAGCCCCGCCAACGUCAAACUGUUCACAGGCAAGAGCGGCGCUGCGCCCAGUGAUCGCAGUGCUUCUGGACUGCUGGAGUGGGAGUCCAUCAACGAUGCCAUGGAAGCUCUGGCCCUCAUGAACCACUACCAGAUGAAGAACUCAACCGGGCCGUACCCCUACACCCUCAAACUGUGCUUCUCCACCGUCCAGCACAGCAACUGAGGCCACCGACCCUGCGCUCUGACUCACAGAAUAAUGAAGAACUCUCCAUACUUUAGUCUUAUUCAGUCCCAUUCUCCUCAGAACUUGAGUUUCACCCGCCAGUUGUGCAGCACAUUUUUAGGAUUGAUCAAAGUUUUUUUUUUUUUAUGAUUAUAUUCUAUUUGAAAUUGUUGCCAUUACGUUCCGGCUUCAGCUGGAGACUUUUGUUGUAUGAAAAUAAACCAUUAAACCGUUUUUGUAUCUGUGCUAGUCCUAGUUUGCU